AUGGCGGCGUCCAGCUGCGGCCACGCCAGCGCGGCUAUCCUUGGCGGCGUGCGGUUCGCGGUGCGUGUCCUCUGCGGCCGGUGGUUCAUGCUCUUCGCUUCUACCAUGAUCAUGUCCAUGAGUGGCGGCGCCUACAUCUUCGGCGCCUACUCCAAGGCGCUCAAGGCGUCGUUAGAGUAUGAUCAGGACACUCUCAACACUAUCAGCUUCUCGAAGAACAUCGGCAUAAGCUUAGGCAUCGUGUCGGGCCUCAUCAACGAGGUAACCCCGCCGUGGGUCGUGCUGCUGGCCGGCGCUGCCAUGAACCUGGCGGGGUACCUCAUGGUCCACCACGCCAUAUCCAUCCCCGGCGCAGCUCGGCCGCCGGUGUGGCUCAUGUGCUUCUACAUAUUCCUUGGCGCCAUCUCUCAGACGUUCGCCAGCACGGGAGCCCUCGUCACCAGCGUCAAGAACUUCCCGAACGACCGCGGCAUCGUGCUCGGCAUGCUCUUGGGCUAUGCCGGGUUCAGUGGCGCCAUCUUCACGCAGCUCUGCCGUGCCUUCGGUGGUGGCGAAGAUGGUGCCACUCUUUUGCUAAUCUUGGCAUGGCUCCCCACUGUCGUCUCGCUGCUCUUUAGCUUCACCGUUCGUGUCAUCCCACGAAGUAGAAGCACCGCGGCGACGGCGAUGGGGCUCGGCCGGGAACGCAAGGGCGUGUUGGGUUUCCUUGGUGUCUCUGUCCUCAUUGGCAUCUACCUCCUCGUUCUGAAUGUCGUCGAGGUGAAGGUAUCCCGACUCCCGACGCAUGUCUACCACAUCACGAACACCUUACUCCUUUUCAUCCUCGUCAUUGGACCACUCAUCAUCGUCGUGAAGCAGGAGUACCACCAUACCUAUACACUUCAGCCGCCGCCCCCGCCGACGACUCCAUCCUCUUCUGCACCGUCGUCUUCCUUGAAGCAAGAUGUGUCAAUUCGUUCCCCAGCUAUGGGGGAGCAAGAGAUCAACUACUCGGUUUUGCAGGCUCUUUGCAGUAAACACAUGCUACUGCUCUUCGUCACCACCGCCUGUGGCAUCGGCGGCAUUAUGACGGUGGUCGACAACAUGAGCCAGAUUGGGCAGUCACUAGGGCACUCACAACGCACCAUCUCAAUGUUGGUGUCCCUCGUGAGCCUGUCCAACUACGCAGGGCGUGUGCUGGCUGGCUUGGGCUCUGACUAUGUGGUGGAGUGUUACAAGCUGCCACGCCCACUGGCGCUCACCGUAACGCUCCUCCUCGCCUUCUUCGGCCACCUCCUCAUCGCCAUGGGUUUGCGCGAUGCUCUCUACGCCACAUCGCUCAUCAUGGGCUUCUGCCUUGGCUCUAUCUGGACGGUGUUGUUCGCCGUAGUGUCGGAGGUGUUUGGGCUCAAACACUUCUCCACACUCUACAAUUUGUCCACGCUGGGAAGCCCGGUCGGAUCCUACGUGCUGAGCGUGCAGGUGGCAGGUCGUAUGUAUGACCAUGAGGCACAACGGCAAGGCCAUCUCCGGCAAGAUCUCGCCUGCGUUGGGGUUCAGUGCUUCAGAGCAUCGUUCGAGAUCAUCGCCGGCGUGACGUUGCUCGGCAUGGUGGUGUCCCUAGUGAUGACGUGGAGGACGAGGGCAUUUUACUAUGCUAGGUUCAGUGCUGGUGUUGUCGCAAUCACAGCCGUCACGGCAGAUAAAAACAUCAAGCAAGAAGGGGCGUUGGCCGAUCAAAACAAAACAAUAGCUACGAAUCAAAGUCUGAGUAUUUGCUAG